CGCGCGAACGAAAAAUAAUAUUAUAACCUCCAGCCGGACUUGGCUUUAUAAACUGUAAUAACAAACCCGGUGCAACGUGCAAGUGCUGGACAACAAGACCGGCAUACACAAGUGAUUCAUUUAUCGCGUGUGUUUUUUUUUAUUUUUCCGCGCGAAAAGUAAAUUAAAGGGGUAAAAACACUCAAGGGGUUGGAGCUCAAAGCUAAGGCAGUUUAAUAUUUUUUGUUUAUGUCCUGGAGCAGGCGGCAAUGGUAGCUGAUAAAUCUGGAAAUUUACCAUGGGUCGAAAAGUACCGGCCAUCAACAUUAGAUGACCUCAUUUCACACGAGGACAUUAUUAAAACCAUUAACAAAUUUAUAAAUGAAAAUCAACUGCCGCAUUUAUUAUUUUAUGGCCCUCCUGGUACAGGAAAAACAAGUACAAUUCUGGCUUGUGCCAAAAAAUUAUAUACGCCAGCACAAUUCAACUCGAUGGUGCUGGAGCUGAACGCGUCGGAUGACAGGGGUAUUGGUAGUGUUAGAGGUCAGAUACUUAGUUUCGCAAGUACCGGAACAAUGUAUAGAUCUGGAUUUAAAUUAAUAAUACUGGAUGAAGCUGAUGCCAUGACAAACGACGCCCAAAAUGCCCUCAGAAGAAUAAUGGAAAAAUAUACCGAGAACGUGAGGUUCUGUAUAAUCUGUAAUUAUCUCAAUAAAAUCAUACCUGCGCUGCAGUCCAGAUGCACAAAGUUCCGGUUCGGUUCCCUAAAAUCCGAGCAGAUUCUCCCUCGACUUGAGCACGUCGUUGUAGAAGAAAAUAUAAAAAUAACUGAAGAUGGUAAACGUGCUCUCAUGGAUCUAAGUGGCGGGGAUAUGAGAAAAGUCCUUAAUGUUCUUCAAAGUACGUGGCUGGCAUUCGGAUCAGUUUCUGAAACAAAUGUUUAUUCCUGUGUUGGUCAUCCUCUGCCAAUUGAUAUAAAAAAUAUAUUAAAUUGGUUACUGAACGAGCAAUACUUUUCAGCUUACUCGAAGAUCAACGAUUUGAAAAUAAAAAAAGGUCUGGCUCUACAGGAUAUUCUGACUCAGUUGCACCUACUAGUGAACAAAAUUGAAUUUCCGGAUAAUUUAAUGAUGGAUCUAAUUAUCAAACUAGCGCAAAUUGAAAAGCAAACUGCAGCUGGAUGUAGCGAAGCAGUACAACUAAAUGCUCUAGUUUCAGCCUUUCAAAAUGUUCGCGAUAUUGAAAAGGUGUGAGGAGCGCGGUGUCGUAGAGUGCCAUGACAAGUAUUAAGUACACGGCGAUGCUCGGAAUAUAAAAAAUUCACUAUAAAACAAUCGUCUCGUCGGACUGAAUUUAGAAAUGUCUCUUAAUUUAUUUAAUUUUUUUUCCUGACUUAUUUUUUCCACGUUACUUUACGCUGCAUCUUUUAUGCUUGCCAGCGAAAAACAAAACUGUUGAAAUAUUAUUUUUCGUGGACAUCAUUAUCCAAGUGUAUCCUAUUAAAUUUAACGAGAAUCAACACUGA